ACUUGGCGCCAAACAAGAUAUCCAUGUGUUUAUCCAUGGUUACGACGUUUAAACAGUCACUAUAAAACAAAUCAUUUUUUCAUUCUCGCCGGAGUAUGCGGUUUAUAUUUUAUCACACCUGAAACAAUUCUCGAGUUAUCAUGUCGUCGGACAAUAAUCUGUUAGUAAGAAUCGCAGAACGUCUGGGUAUUCAAGACGAGGCAAUUUUGAAAAAAACUAGCGAGUUCAUUAGAGUGCUACACAAUAAAGGCACAAUUAAAAAUCUCAGUGAUAUUGCUAGAACUGUUUUGUGUCUGGACCUAGCCACCGUUCAUUUAGGAGAAGCUUUUGACAAGGAGACUGCAAUUAAACUGUCUGGGUUGAAAAAGAACAUCUAUCAGAACAAUCACAACAUCAUAGAGAAAAUAUUAGACUUAAAUAGGCAGCUGACUGUAUCCGAAUUAUGUGUACAGUUGAGCUGUACUGUUGUCAAAGAGAUUGCCGAAGAGAUUCUCACAAAGUAUGGAAGCAAUGACAAUAAAAUCAAGGAUCUCACUCACCCCCAGUAUGUUGCUGCAGCUGUCUACACUGCUUGCAAGUUAAAAAACAUCAAUACAUCGAAGUCACAGUUUGUUGCAAUAAGUCGAUUGAAACCCAUGCAGUGGAAGGAGCUGAUCAAUGAAUUUGAAAAAUUUGUUGAAAUUCUAGGCAUGACAAACUCAAAGAGGAAAAAGAAAGGUGAAGAUAAAAAAAAUGAUUUGGAAGAUAUCAAUAAGGAAUUAGAGACGAAAGUCGUAAUAAAGAAAAAAGAAAUGGAUGAUGAAGUAGAAGAUUACGAGAUUUGGAAAGAGAGAAUCCUCCAGACUGCCAGGAAAGCUUUAAAAUUAUAGUUUGCCACAAAAAGAUGAACUCUUCAUUGGAACUACAUGUUGUAAAGUAAAAUUAUCUAUUAUUAAUUUCUUGGGUCAGAUCUAUUUGUUUGUUGUUUCACUGAUUUGGUCAGGCAUUCAAAACUUUCGUUAUCUUGCUGAAAAAAUUUUAUCAUUUUCAUCAUUUCCAUGAUAUUUAUUUAUUACCUUGAAUUCAAUUUAAACUGGAAAUUUGUAUUUGUAAGUGAAUGAAUCUUAUAUUUGCAUUCCAUUCUGUUCACAGAUAUCUAUUUUGCAUGGAGAUAUUUCAUCGUUUUCGCCACCAUCGCCUUGUUUUUUAUCAAUUUGGAUUUAAUUACAUUAUAUGUAGUUAAAUUUAUAACAAGGGGAUAGGACACAAGACGGUGGUGGUGAAAGGGAUGAAGUAUCUUUGUACGAUGGCCGGAAACUAAUUUCUUCACUAUCACCAUGGUGUUAUUUAUUAUAAUAAUAAUACGUGUACAAUUUUCAAUAUGCAAAACGUAGAUGAUGGUGUUGAAAUUACUUCCCGGGAUACUUCUUUUCUCCUAGUAAGAAAUUCAUUUACUUCAUCAUCCCAUUCAUUUUUUUUUUUUCUUUUUUAAUCGUUUUUCUCUUUGGCAGAUAAUCAUUUUCUCCGCCAUCGUCUUGUACUUUUUCUUAUUAAUUCCUCAUUGGAUACAAAUAUUUUAAAUCCUUCAGAAGCACCAUUUUUAUAGAUCUGACCUACAAGACUAGUGAUGAUGGUUUUAUAACACUGGAAACAUGUAUCCAAAAUAUAUUUAUAUAUAUAUAGAAUUUAAAGAUAUAUUGUAAUUUAUUUUAAAAUAUAUAAUUUUGACAAUA